AUGAAGCAAUUCCGGAAAAUUGCAAUCCACAAAACGGCUGAUUAUUCAAUUUAUACGCCAAUUAAAUUGGCCAAACUUUUGGCGGGAAAAGAAGAUUGGGAAUGUGAAGGGGCCAAAAAGAUCCUCUACGAAAUAGGAAUUUUCCUGCAAAUUCAAGAUGACUUCUUGGACUGCUACGGGGACCCAAAGGUAACGGGGAAGAUUGGAACUGACAUUGAAGAUGGGAAGUGCACCUGGCUUGUCGUGACGUUCCUCAAUCGUGCCAAUAGAGCACAAAAGAACAUUCUGAAGGAAUCUUAUGGGAAGGAAGACGCAGAGUCUGUUGCGAGGGUUAAGCAACUCUACAAUGAAGUUGGUUUACCCGAAGCCUACAAAAACUACGAAGAGGAGACCUAUAAAAUGCUCAAAAGAGACAUUCAAGAAGCCGAGGGGAUUCCAAAGAAAAUGUCCCAACAAAAGAAGUGA